AUGUCAAUUACGUGCGACUUUCGCAUUUAAUUUAAUAAUUUAAUUUAAUAAUUAAAGAAGGAUUUUAGGGAAGAAUAAUUGAAGAGACGCGACGGAUAUCCGGAAGAAAAACCAUUCGGAGCAAAGGUCAAUUCCAAGUGAAAAAGAAAAAAAAGCGUUAUUUGUGGAUGUACGCUCCGAAAGAGGAUGGAAGAGGAAAGGAUGGACCAGGUGGCUGCAGAUGACGCAGAACUAAACGAUUGGACGAGAAUCUUGAGGAAAAGCCAAAGAGGAGGACGUGACCAAGUCGAAGGAAGACGCUUUUACCGUUUAGAAAGCUCCGCCCGAUUUUCAGAGGCGUCUCAAAUCUCCCUCUUCUCUACCAAUGUUCGUUCUCUCUUCUCUCUCUCGCGUCUUCUCUUCGGCAUCCUCCUCUUCAUCCUCCUCUUCUUGGCUAACAAUUUUGACGUACGAUUAGUUUCGCGUGAGCAUCGCGACUUAUCGUGACAUUCCAAUAAUACCAAUCGAAGGAAAAAAACUCAAGCUCCUCGAGAGAAGGAUCUAGGUGAGGUGUGUCUAACAACCCUUGCGAAGUUUUCUAUUCGAACGCGGUACUCCGAAAUUCUGAUUCGCUCUCGACAACGUACAAACUAGUGAGGAAGAUUGUAUACAUUUUCUUUCCUGAAGAGGAUAUUUUUAAGCUCCGUGUAAAUUAGUUGCAGAAGAUGCCACGUAAACGUCGAGCCUCGACACCGACGUUGGAUGCCGAUGAUGAGGAAUUCGUCUCGGAAGAGAAAUACAGCAAGGAUGAUUUGGACAGUCGUGCGCCAAGAAACGCGGCGAACGCCAGGGAACGGGCUCGGAUGAGGGUGUUGAGCAAGGCAUUUUGCAGAUUGAAGACAACGUUACCCUGGGUACCAGCCGAUACGAAGCUCAGCAAGUUGGAUACACUUCGUUUAGCGGCUACUUACAUCGCUCACCUUCGAGCGGUCCUCAGAGAUGACGGGGAUGCUCAUUCGGAAACAACGAGAUCUCUAUCUUUAGCGCUGUCUUGGCCGUUUGCUCUUCAAGGUGGAAACGCUUCCAUGUUGAUGAACAACAGUUGCAACGUAUCAUCGUCAACGUCGUCUAGUUCUAAUCAGUAUCGUGGUCAGCAGGGAGCCCACGAUAUUCAGAAUUUCCAUCAUUCUGGACAUCAAAGCAUGUCACUGCGUCAUAAUCACGAGCCACAGCUUUCCUAUUUUUAAUGUGUCUGUCAAGUGAAGGCAUUGCAGCUCCUUGAUUGAGGAACAAUGGAAGAACGUUUUGUUCGCAAACGAAAGAUUAAUAAUCGGAGAGAUCUAUUUAUUGCAGAGUGCCUUAUUACUCUAUUUAUUUAUCUGCCCAUUUUAUGUUUUAAGAACGAUUAUUAAAAUAUCCGUACGUAUCGUAAUUAUUAUUGUAACCAAAGCAUAAGUACUAGUCCAAUAAAGUAUUUCUACAGUUA